GCUACCCGCGCCCCGUCUGCUGGCUCCCUUUGCUGCUCUCAGGGCGCCGUCCCCUCCUCACCUCGAAGACAACAUGAAGGAGACCCGGGGCCACGGGAGCGCCCCUUUCUGCAUGCGCCUCAACCACUCCUACCCGGGCAUGUGGGCGCCCGAGAGCUCCUCCGAGGCGCGGGGCAACCUCACGCGCCCCUCGGGGCCGGGCGAGGAUUGCGGCUCGGUGUCCGUAGCCUUCUCGAUAACCAUGCUGAUCACCGGCUUCGCGGGCAACGCGCUGGCCAUGCUGCUCGUGUCGCAGAGCUACCGGCGCAGGGAGAGCAAGCGCAAGAAGUCGUUCCUGCUGUGCAUCGGCUGGCUAGCGCUCACCGACCUGGUCGGACAGCUGCUCACCAGCCCGGUGGUCAUCGUGCUGUACCUGUCCCACCAGCGCUGGGAGCAGCUCGACCCGACGGGGAGUCUGUGCACCUUCUUCGGCCUGACCAUGACCGUCUUUGGGCUCUCCUCGCUCUUCAUCGCCAGCGCCAUGGCCGUCGAGCGGGCGCUGGCCAUCCGGGCGCCGCACUGGUACUCCAGCCACAUGAAGACGAGCGCCACCCGGGCGGUGCUGCUGGGCGUGUGGCUGGCCGUGCUCGCCUUCGCCCUGCUACCGGUGCUGGGCGUGGGCCAGUACACCAUCCAGUGGCCCGGGACGUGGUGCUUCAUUACCACCGGGACGGGGGGCAACGGGACUAGCUCCCCGAGGAAAUGGGGCAACAUUUUCUUCGCUUCCGCCUUUGCCUUCCUGGGUCUCUCAGCGCUGGCCGUCACCUUCGCCUGCAACCUGGCCACCAUUAAGGCCCUGGUGUCCCGCUGCCGGGCCAAGCCCACGGCGUCGCAGUCCAGCGCCCAGUGGGGUCGGAUCACGACCGAGACGGCUAUCCAGCUUACGGGGAUCAUGUGCGUGCUGUCGGUCUGCUGGUCGCCGUUGCUGAUAAUGAUGUUGAAAAUGAUCUUCAAUCAGACAUCAGUUGAACACUGCAAGACGUACACAGGAAGGAAGGAAGAAUGCAACUUCUUCUUAAUAGCCGUUCGCCUGGCUUCGCUGAACCAGAUCUUGGAUCCCUGGGUUUAUCUGCUGCUAAGAAAGAUCCUUCUUCAGAAGUUUUGCCAGAUAAGGCACCACACAAACAACUAUGCCUCCAGCUCCAACUCUUUUCCCCACCAGUGCUCCUCAACAUUGAUGUGGAGUGACCCUUUGGAAAGAUAAUGAAAGGACGGAGUUGGACUUUUUAUUGCAAUUCCUGCUUCCCUGAGUUUGUGUAUUUCUUCCCACCUGAGAAGGAGAAUUUUAUAUUUUGAUUUGGAUUAUUUCUUCUUUUUCAUCUUUUUUAAAAAUUUUAAUGUUUUUUUCUUGUCAGUAGUAUCCACUGGGACCAAAUUUAUUAUUAUAAUCUGUAUCUUUGAGUGUUAAAUUGGCUUCUUGGACUGGAUUUUGAGUAUAUAUUUAAGAAGUUGGGCAGGAUUGCGCAGAUGGUGAUCGGUGAAAAAUGAGAAAAAGAAAAAUCCAUCUUCCAAGAAUUUUCCCUGAACUUCAAACCUUUACAUGAAUCUCAACUGAUGUGGACACCUUUACAUUUUAUAGUAGUUUUGAUUUUACCAUAUGAGUUUGAAAAAUCAGUACAAGUUUUUGACAGUGAAACAUCAACCUAUUGAGAACAAGAAUUCAAUCAAUAGGACAGAAACUUCAUGACAUAGAAAAGGAUGCCAAAUGAAGGCAGGCAGUUACCAUGACCAAAGAUAUUUAUGUAAAAUGUGUGAUUAAUGUUGGAGAUGAGUUCUUCUGGGCUAAGCUUGGAACCAAAUAUCCCUGAGUCUGUAUUCUGGUUAUGUGUCAUUUAGUAACUAAGGAAUCAGCUUAAUUAUUAUUUCUCUGUCUUUGAAGACUCAAAGGGCUCCCCUGAAGCGUCACAGAAAGCAGUAAUGAGGUUAGGUGAUUAAAUGUUGAGUUGGAGCAUUAAAAAACUCCAGGCAGAGCCUUCUGAUUCACCACUUUCAAUUCAGGAUUUUUUAAAAUUUCUCCUUGGGUGGCAUACAAAAGGCAAAAUUAAUAACUGACAUAGUUAUCAGUUAUCAAAUUUUGUUACUCUUUUAUUUCAUAAAUAUUUCAUAAAAGAGUCUAUCUUGUCUGAACUGAAGUAAGAGAUUCUAUGAACUUAAAAAAUAUUUUGAAUCAUGUAAUACCUCUCAGCUAAUGUGCCCUUACCUGAUUAUAAAUUCAACCAACAUUUCUUUCUCUUAUCUUUCUUUCCCUCUAUCUUCCUCCUUUUUCCACCUCUCACCCCCGUGACUUAAUUCAACACAUAUUUUUUCAGUGUCCCUUCUUUAGGCUCUGUGCUAAAAGCCAUGCUGUCACCCACAAGGACACCUUGGGAAGAGAUGAUAAUAUGGUAUCAGCCAUUUUACAACAGGAGCCUAUACUGUGAUUCCAUUGUCAUUUCUGUCAACGAAAUGAAACCAAAAUAGUUGAAUCGUUCCUCUUAGAUGGCUGACCCAGUUGUGAAUUAGCUGUAAAUUACAAUUAUUUUCAUUCAAAUUUGUAUUGAAAUUUGAAAGGGCCUUAUGUAACUAGCACAAAACUGGUGCUGUACACAAUCCUUUUAUUCAGCUUUGAAUUCAACAAAAAUUUUUGAGCAAGUAGAAUUUGCAGACCAUCAUAGGAAUGGCCAUGCUCCUGUUACUUCUAUCUGUCCAUGGUCCACCUGCUGUGGUUGUCUAGCUGACAUCUAUUUACUAUUUUAUUUUUAUAAAAGAGGGUAAGGUUUACAGAGGGCUUGCCCACUGUCACAUAGCUGAUAUAAGUAAGAAUUCAGAUCCAAGUUUCAGUUUUUUGAAUCUAGGUUUACUUUUCUCCCUACAGCAGAGCGGGAUGUGAGAUUUGUUACAAUGGUAUUCCAUUUAUAAGACAAUGUGACCGAGUAAUAAAAGCAUGGGGUUUGGGAUCAAACUUGAAUUUAAGUCUGGCUGUGCCACUCACUAGCUCUGUGAACCUGAGAAAGUUAAUUAAUUUCAUUGCAUCUCAAUGAAUUAAUCUGUAAACUAAAGAUAAUAAUACUUACCUGUGGGGUUAUUGUGACAGUGUAUGUAAAGUGAGUGUAACGCAAUAGGUUCUCAUUAACUAUUAACUCUGGUUAAUCCUUUAUCUAGAUUUACCUCCAACUAUAUAACAGAGUUCUCAAUUUCAGCUAUAAAGAGACUUCCUGACCGUGUGGGUUGACAUGUCCUGGACAUAAUCAACUUCAGAUCCCUGGAUGCUAUUUUCUUGAUUCCAAUACCUCAUGGUUAUUUCUGCCCAUGCAAAACCUACUCAUCUCCCACAUGGUCAAAUCUCACCUUGUCCUUAGGCCUUGGACAAAUUAAGUACAGAAGUCCCCCUUUAUCUGUGGUUUCAAUUACCGGUGGUCAGCCACAGCUUGAGAAUAUCAAAUAGAAAACUCCAGAAAUAGACAAUUCAUAAGUGUUAAAUUGAGCACCAUUCCAAGUAGGGUGAUGAAAUUUCGAGGGUCCCACUCUGUCCCGCCUGGGACAUGACUCAUCCUUUCGGCUAGCGUAUGCCAUUCAUUAAUCACUUGGUAGCCGACUCGUUUAUCAGAUCUACUGCUGAGGUUUUGCCGUGCUUGUAUUCAAGCACUUAAUAUGCUUUUUUACUUAAUAAUGACCACAAAGCCCAAGAGCAGUGAUUCUGGCCAUUUGGAUAUGCCAAAGAGAAGCUGUAAAGUGCUUCCUCUAAGUGAAGAGGUGAAAGUUCUUGACUUAAUAAGGAAAGAAAAAAAAUCAUACGCUGAGGUUGCUAAAAUCUACAUAAGAAGAAAUCUUUGUAACCGCAAGUCAUAGCCACAGUGCAUAUAAGUGCUUAGUUAAGGUGGUAAAGCAUUAAAUUCGAUCUUUAGAGAGAGAGGGAGAGAGAGACAUUCACAUAACUUUUAUUACAGUAUAUUGUUGUAAUUGUUCUAUUUUAUUAUUGCUUUUUGUUGUUAAUCUCUUACUGUACCUAAUUUAUAAAUUAAACUUUCAAAUAGAUUUGCAUGUACAGGAAAAAACAUUAUAUAUAUAUAUAUAGGGUUCAGUACUAUCUGUGGCUUCAGGCAUCCAUUGGGGUCUUGGAACGUAUUCCCGGUGGAUAAGGGGGAACCACUGUAUCUUUGUUUUCUUCUUACCUCUCUCCCCAACUCUGAAGUUAUACAGCACUCCUUUUGAUGAUUAUUGUACUAUUCCUUAAGUGUUUUUGUUAUACAUGUCUUUUUCCCUUGACAAAAUUCUAUUUCAUGUUGGACAUACUUUUCUUAUAUUUUUUUCAGAGGCUCGUAGCACUAGUGCAGUAUUUGACACAAUGAAAAAUGUUUACUUGGUAAAUUCUCAACAAAGUUAACAUUUAUGUACAAGGAUAGCUGUUGCAAAUUUAAAUGAAUGUGAUAGAAAGCCCUUUGCUUCCAUGCUGUUGUUCAAUUUGGGAAAUUUCAUGUUAAACUUUCCUGAUGUAAAAAUGGUACAUUCAGGCAGAAAAACCACAUGCAGUUUAAUGUAAUAAUGUUUAUUAAUGCUCUAUAUGUGAAGGUAGUAAAAUAAUUGGAAAAUUUUGAAAAAUAAUGAUUAUUUGCUAAAGGUUUUUCUCACAUUAGGAAUAUCUUUGUCCAAUUAGUUCGAAAUCUGAUGUAGAGACAGUAUAUAUCAGUAUAAAAUACUUUGAUACUUCUGUUUUUAAUCUACAGAAAUGUAUACAUUGCCUACUAAAUUCACCUGAAAUAAUAAUCUGUAACAUAUAUGCUCAAAUAUUCUGGAUCAUGAUUCAGCAACACACUUACUCUGAUUUUCAACAAGUACCCUCAUCUUCAUUUUCUUUAUGUUCCAUAAACAAGGGUUCUCAUAAUUAUGUAAUGAGGUUAUACUGAGGAUAGAAUUAAACCUCAAAAUAAAAUAAAUUUCUUAGGAACUCUGCCAAAAACAUGUUACAUAUGGAGAAUAGUGCUACAAUAGUGCUACAAUUUUAUUGCAAUUAUAGUAACUACUGUAAAGCCCUGUGGGACACAUAUACAAAAACAUGUGAGCUUAAUAUGCUUUAUAAGUGGGCUAUAUAGACCUGGUACAUAUAAUACAUUCUGUGUAAUUUUAGACCUAUGAUUUUUGCAUUGAAAGAAAUAAACCCCUGCCGACUUCCACCACCGUUCCAUUGCAGAACCAGUGAUUUCAUUCAGCACCAUUGCAACCUAGUGUGAAACAAAAUAAACAAACAAAAAACCCAGCUGUGCUGCUCCCAGAAGAGGCUGGGCCAGGGUAAUGUGAAGUGGCACACCAAACCGUGCCGGAAUCUCAGAGCCUGGGCGAGGCAAGGACACAGGGAAUACUAGGGUUAGAAGACUGAGCUUCCAUCAGAAGUUCUAUUUGUCCACAUUCUCCCAAGGAAGGCAGAGAAAAUUAGUCGUUAUCUUUUAUGCAUGAAUGUGUAUAUGUGUCUUAAGUGGACUUUGGUCCCCAAAACAUGAAAGUCCAGAGUUGGACUGAUCCACAUCUUUAGUGUCUACAGGAAUGACUUGUAAAAAUUAAGUAAAUAAUGAAAUCCAGGUUAUAAGGAAACUAUAUAAGCUACUUAAGAGAACAAAAACUUUUUUUAACAUCCUCAGUAGUUGGAAACACAUUUAAAAGAAAACUGUUGUAAAGAUAAUUAUAAUUAUUCAGGCACUUUAAGGAUCCAAAUAAAAUAUACCUUGCUGGAUGUACUUUUAAUGAAUUACUAUUAAUAGUUAAAUGUUUAAUGGUUGUCUUAAAAAAUAUUUGUGCUUCUGUUUUUCAUUAACACAGGGUCUUACUGAAUAUUUUAAUGCCAAACAGGUCUAGGAUCAUCCCAUGGAGUAAAGUGUUUCUCUGUUGUAUUCAUGUUCGAAGGCUUUAUUUUGUUGUCAUCUGAAAUGCUUUUUAUGUCAAAAUAGUUUGUACAAUAUGCAUCUUUAAGAGUUAUUGUAGUUUUUUUUUAAUACUCAACCAUAUUGUAAACUUCUUGUGGGCAGGCCCCGUGCUUUAUCUAUUUCAUGUACCUACAGAGCCUAGCCCAGUGCUAAGCACAUAGAAAUUGCUCAAUAAAAACUUAAUGGUGAGUGCAA